AGACGUCAGGCGGCUCACAUGACAGGUUUCAGAAAAUUGACUAAAUGGGGACGGGGGAGGCUCCUACCCUACUCGGCUACUCCUACUCCUCAUCCAGACGUACGCGCCGAGUAAAGAGUUCCCACUUCCCGCAAUGCCAAUGGCGGGAUUUUUAAAUAAUUUUACCAAACUGCCCACUGUUCAGGAUCGGAUCGAAUGGCUAUAUUAGUCCAAUUAAGUUAAUUACCUUCCCCUGGAAAUUUAAGUUUGAUCGGCACGGGUAUUUUCGUAGCUAUAAAUGCUCGUCAAACCGAGAGGCGAGACUCGUGAGGCAAGCACCAAGAACCUUCCUCAGUUCCUCCUUCAUAUAAAUACCUUCUCGCCUCUCGCUAUCUGCUCUUGACUCUUGAGCUUCAAACCCAAUACCCCAUAUAGGACCUCUCUCUCUCUCUCGGCCACAGCCACGAAGAUCGAAGGCCAUGGAUGACGGUCCGAACGAUGCGACACGAAGCUAUGUGGCGAGGAGCUACGCCCUCAGCGGUAAGAUAAUGCUGAGCGCCAUUGUUAUACUGUUCACAGUUGUUCUGUUAAUCUUUUUCCUCCACAUCUACGCCCGUUGGUUCCUCACCCGCUCCCGUAGGCGUCAUAACACACGUCACGGCCGACCCCGGACUCAUCUCGUUUUUACCUCCUCCGACCCCGCCGCCUCGGCUAACACCGUCUCCGCUCCCUCUCCCGGCCUCGACGCUUCGGUUCUCAAGGCCAUUCCCACCUUCGUCUACUCCUCUGCAACCCAUGACCAGGUGCUGGAAUGUGCCGUGUGCUUAUCCGAGUUUGAGGAGAACGAGAAGGGUCGACUCCUUCCGAGAUGCAAGCACAGCUUCCAUAUCGAUUGCAUAGAUAUGUGGUUCCAUUCUCAUUCCACCUGCCCACUUUGUCGAGCCCCUGUCAAUCCUGAAAUCGAAAGUCCUCCCCGGAAGAUAGAAGCUGCCGUCGACGUCGAGGUUGUUAUUUCUGUGGGUGUGGGUGAGCCCCCCGAGACACAAGUCGUACCAAGUACUGGGCGCUGCCCAGAGUGCCGCUACCAUGAAAACGAAAUGAAUCGCAUGCCAUCUUCUACCAAUUCGUCUUCCCCCUCAGCGGCGGCGGAUUCAUCGUCGUCGUCGUUGGGAAACCGAAGGAAGCCAUUUGAGUUGGUGGGUGUUUCUAUUGAGGUGCCAAGAAGAAACAACGAGGCCUUUCGGGGUAUGAUGGAGGAGGAAGUGGGAGUGGAUUCACCGGGAGGAGGGCAAGGGUUCAAAUCGCCAGGAAGUCGAAUUCUAUCAUUGAAGAUGAUAUUGAGCAGAGAUAGGAGAGCUGCACUUUCACCUUCUUCUGCAGCAAUCGUGCAGAGCUGCAACUCUUCUGUCACAGAAAGCAAUGAUCUGGAGCGAAGUGAGGAAGGACAACAACGUCCGCGGUGAAAGGGCGGUGCCACUCAGCCACCGCGCAACGACUCGUACGAACGUUGAACGGGAAGCACGUGACUGUACCUUUCAGACACCGGACGCCUUUCGUUCGGUGGUGACCCCUAUAAAUGAUUUCACAAACAAGAAAUUAUGUGAUUUUAUUUAUUGAAUGAGAGAUGUAAAAAUGGAAAAUGUAAAUAGAGAGCACGAGGAGAAAGAGAAAGGCCAUU